AUGGAAGAUUAUUACAAGCAAGCAAACGCUGAAGAAAAAGAUGUAUUUCAACAAUAUAUUAACAAAUAUAUUUUGUUUUAUGGAACUACGUUAACAUUAACUGCUGCAUCCUUAGCUGGUUCGCUCAUGGUGCCAUUAAUUCGGUCUCGCAGGUUUCCGCUAGAAAUAGAAUAUCCAUUUCGUGUUGAUUAUCAACCAAUAACAGCAAUACUCUAUUUUCAUCAAGCACUCGGUAUGUAUCAGGUUUCUUGUCAAGUGAGUGCAAAUGUUUUCCUCGCUCUUUUAAUAUGGUUCACAACGGCUCGCUUUGAGAUCUUGACAAACAAAUUCCGCACAAUCACCAAAUAUUCUGACUGGAAAACAUGUAUACGAGAGCAUCAAGUAACUCUAAGGUAUUAA